CCGUCUUCGAACGACACUAAACUGGUUCGAACAAACCUUCACCAUGCAGAAGACAAAGAUUUGGUGAAUUAUGGCGAGCUCCCAUACCUUAUCAGAGCCAGCUGCCGCCCCGUGCAUGCCCGGAUGCCCCCCUCCUCCUCAGCCCGCCAGCUUGCUGCUGUCUGCCUUAUCAGCGCUGCUGCUGGUGUCGCUGGAUGCUGCACGGUGGCGCAGCCCAGAUCCAACUGAGGACUUGAGGAUGGAAACGUGAGGACAGCGGGUCUGUAGGAAGCGAGGAGCCAGGAUGGAAUAACUCAGAGGACCCCUCCUGUGUACACUGCUGGUCUUCAUUUGAUCCCUUAUUUUAUCACACUGAGAAAAAACCUGCUGCAUGUCGUCAAGUCGCUCCUAAUAGGAUUUUAUUGAAGCGCAUCUCUCCGGAUCAGGUGCGCCGGCAUUUCCUCAACUUACCUGGGAUGAUGAUUUCUGCUUGUUCUUCACAGGUGGGGGAGUGGAUUUAAAUUUCAAAGUUUGGAUCCUCUUUUUCCGGGAUUUUUUCAUUUCUCAUGUAUUUAUUUUUUAAAGGGGAUGGCAGUUGUCGACUGGAGACGAACGCGCCUCGCUGAACACAGCAGUUAAAAUUGUGGAUGGAUGCUGUCGAUGUUGUCACGGCUCUUCUGGCUGAUGAUUGUGUGUGUGUGAGUGUGUGUGUGAACUCACACCGCGGGCGCCCGCCGCGCUGACACGUCGCUGAGCUGCACGCUCGUCCGUUCGCAUGAAAAUCACCCCACUGUCCGUGAAAGUUUGUGACUGGGACGCGGUGGAGGAUGAAGGCAGCGCACCUUUUCUGGCUUCCGCACGGACGCAGGGCUCAGUGACUGCUUCCUUGUUACGCGUGCUUUUAGUUCAGCGUGUCGCUUGUGGAUGGAUUGGUGAUUAGGUGUUAACUGGAGAAUGUGUUUCCACACCGUGGAUUCCUGCUCGGGCUGGAGGGGAGAGCAGCGGAUAUCCCAAUGCCUUCCUGGGACCACAGGUGUUCCCUGUAAACAGUGACUCCAAAUCCCAAAAUGCCGAGCUGUGGAUAGAGAGGCUGCCCUGUGGGUCGAGCUGACCUGUGUCUGCCUCCCUGCACCUCCUCAUCAUUUCCUAGUUCCUUGUCCUCCCUUUUUCCUUCUCUUCCCCCUUCAGCCCUUUAUCCUCCUCUUACUCCUUCUCUUCCCCUUCCUCUCUUGCGUUAUCUUUUAUUUUUCAAAUCCCCUUUUUUCUCUCUCGUUUUUCCCCUUUCCCCCUGCGUCAUCAUCAGCCUCUCACCCCCCUUCUCUCCCUCCUUCUCCUCUUGCUGUCACACCUCCCUCCUGUCCUCUCUCCCUUCCUUGUUCUACCCUCCACAUCCUCCUCUUCCUCCCCCCACAGCACACAUGCAGGCCAAGAAGCGGUACCUGCUCGUGUCUGUGGGGGCCGGUCUUCUCUUCCUCAUCUACCUGUGGGGUCUGCAAAUUGGGGAGUUCCAGCAGCAGCCGUACCAGUAUCACCAGCUUCCCCAGUACCCCCAGUACCCCCAGUACCACCAGCCGGAAUACCAGUACUACCACCAGACCCAGGAGGUGUACGAGCCCCAGCCCCUGCCUCAGAGAACCCCGUCCAGACCUCCCAGGCACUGGCCAGAGUCGACCCGGCUGCUGGAGCCGUACCUGGAGGGCGGGGAGCAAGAGGCGGACAGUCCUCAGCUCCACCACCAGCACACCUCGCCCCGGGAAAGACGCGCGAUCCGCGACAACAUCUACAAGAACAGACGCUGCCGCAUGGAAACCUGCUUCGACUUUUCUCGCUGCCAGUCGGGCUUCGGGGUUUACAUCUACCCCCCUCAGAGAGGGGACGAGAUCUCCGAGACCUACCAGAAGAUCCUGUCGUCCAUCGAGGAGUCUCGCUUCCACACCACAGACCCUUCGCGGGCUUGUCUGUUCAUUCUGGCUGUGGACACGUUGGACAGGGACCAGCUCUCGGUUCAGUACGUCCAGAACGUCAGGCUCCGCAUCCAGAGCCUGCCGACGUGGAACGAUGGCAGGAACCACCUCAUAUUCAACCUGUACUCUGGCACCUGGCCGGACUACACAGAGGAUCUAGGCUUUGAGGUGGGCCAGGCCAUGUUGGCCAAGGCCAGCGCGGAUGUGGUCAACUUCCGACCCAACUUUGAUAUCUCUAUCCCUCUAUUCUCCAAGGAUCACCCACUAAAAGGAGGGGGCUUGGGUUAUCUAACGCUCAAUGACACACCGCCCUCCAGGAAGUACCUGCUGGUUUUCAAAGGGAAGCGAUACCUAACUGGCAUAGGUUCUGAGACGAGGAACGCUCUGUAUCACAUCCACAACGGGGAAGAUAUUAUUCUGCUGACCACAUGUAAACAUGGCAAAGACUGGGAGAAGCACAAGGACUCUCGCUGUGACAGAGAUAAUGAAGAGUACUCAAAGUUUGACUACCAGGAACUGCUUCACAACUCCAGUUUCUGCCUGGUGCCCCGGGGUCGGCGUCUUGGAUCGUUUCGCUUCCUAGAGGCCCUGCAGGCGGCUUGCAUACCGGUUAUUCUGAGUAACGGCUGGGAGCUUCCCUUCUCUGAAGUGAUUGACUGGAGGAAAGCCGCCAUCAUCGGAGAUGAGAGACUGCUGUUACAGGUUCCCUCCAUUACCCGGUCUGUGGGCCAUGACAGGAUCCUGGCUCUCCGCCAGCAGACUCAGUUCCUCUGGGACGCCUACUUUUCUUCUGUAGCCAAAAUCGUCUUAACUACUCUGGAGAUCAUCCAGGACCGCGUGGACUCCCAUGUGUCCAGAAACCGGUUGCUGUGGAACUCCCUCCCUGGUGGUCUCUAUGCACUCCCCCAGUACUCAACGGACCCUGCCCAGUUCCCUUUUUACUAUGCCAUACUGGGUAAGAGCCCCUCGCAGCAGUUCACAGCUGUGAUCCAUACAGUCAGUCCUCUGCAGUCCCAGAUCUCCCCUGUGGUGAAGCUCAUCAUUGCUGUUGCCAAGUCCAAGUUCUGUGCACAGAUUGUGGUUUUAUGGAACUGCGACAAGCCUUUACCUCCUAGGAACAAGUGGCCCUCCACCAGUGUGCCUCUCGCUGUCGUUGAAGGACAGACCAAGACAAUGUGCAGUCGUUUUUUCCCCCACGACGUCAUCCUCACCGAUGCUGUUCUCAGUUUGGAUGAAGACUCGGUUCUCUCAACAAAUGAGGUGGACUUUGCCUUUAUCGUGUGGCAAAGCUUUCCGGAGCGAAUCGUCGGUUAUCCAGCAAGGAGCCACUACUGGGACAGUUCCCGGUCCCGCUGGGGCUACACCUCUAAAUGGACCAAUGACUACUCCAUGGUCCUUACAGGGGCAGCUUUCUACCACAGAUACUACCACUACCUGUUCACCCACCUGGUCCCGGCCAGCCUGCUGACCACGGUGGACCGCAUGGCUAACUGUGAAGACAUCCUGAUGAACUUCCUGGUUUCGGCCGUGACCAAGCAGCCGCCGAUCAAAGUCACCCAGAAGAAGCAGUACAAGGAGACCCUGAUGACCCAGGGCUCCAAGGCCUCUCGGUGGGCCGACCCGGACCACUUUGCCCAGCGACAGACGUGCAUGAACAUCUUCAGUCACUGGCUGGGUUUCAUGCCGCUGGUUCACUCCCAGAUGAGGCUGGACCCUGUGUUGUUCAGGGACCAGGUCUCCAUCCUGAGGAAGAAAUACAGGGACAUUGAGAAGCUGUGAAUGCACAAGGAUAAACACCAAAUGACAGGAUGGUCAAAUAAUUGCAUGCAUCAGGAAGAUUUUCAUGAACUCCCAUCAUCCAAAG